AUUUUGUUUUCUUUUUUUUCUCUUUUAUAUAAUUACCUUUUCCUCCCUGAAUCCAUCGUGUCAGUAACGACGUCCACUCUUUAUACACGCGCCCCAGUGUUAGGAUCGUGCCCCUGGCAAUUGUGUUCGCAGGUGCGUAGCCGCUUUGAUCCCUACCGCUAAAACCAUGGCAGGCGCAAUCUUAAACCACGAGGAGCAUGAAAGCCCCGCGCAUGCUUCCCCUCAACCUAAUGGCCACCACACUCCUAUCGCUAUGGAGGCUUUUCCCGUCACCAAAAUCCCCGCUUUAGAUACGAUCGAUCCCUACGCUGUCGCGAGACCUGCAUGUGAUGCGGUUGCGGAGAGUCCUCGGAUAGAGCUUUCCUGCAGUCGCGCAGCGACGGAGCUCAUCGACGACCUCGUCCAAGGCUACGCGCGCUUUAUUUCGAACUUCACCGGUCUGGAGGACGUCGCCUUUGGCAUCUUGCGCCGCGCGACAUGGCAGUCCGCGUCGAGCCCUGCCACCGCGGUCAUUUCGGCUUCGGUGUUCUGGUCCGAGGAGCUGCAGGCGGGGGAGUCGAAUAACUGCCAAGUGCGCGAAAUUAACCAGCAAGAUUAUAACAAGGACGAGAUACAGUUCUCACUGGAACUCGGAUUGGAUGCCGAACCUGAAAAUGGCGAGCAUCAAAUCUGCGCCAGUGGACGCGAAAUUGUCUUCACGCUUCACGCCGAUGCCGUUGCGAACAAUAACGCUCUCCAAAUUGGCUUCUCCUACCCAAAGCCACUGAUCCCCGACCCGGCUGUGAAUCAACUCCUGAACACACUUGCGACUCAUCUGGCCCAUUCCUCCCCCUCUCUCAACCUUGUCGCAUCCACGCCCGACCUUUCGAUUGUUAAUUUCCCACCAUCUAUGAUACCCCCCACGAGAGAAACAACGGAAGACGUGGAAUCAACGAGCUCGCGACAGCCGUCCCUCCUCCACGCCGCUUUCGAGGGCUGGGCCCGCAGAAAGCCUAAUGCGAUCGCACUCGACUUUGUACAUUCUUUACCCUCUGCGACAGACUCGGCAGAGCACAGCGUUCUAACAUACGCCGCCCUUAACGUAGCAGCUUCGAAUCUGGCUGCGCACAUCAGAGCUCAGUUGUCGAUGGACGGCCAGGUGCCUGAGUAUGGACGGAUUAUCCCCGUUUAUAUGUCCACGUCCCCCGAGCUUUACAUCUCAUAUCUCGCCAUCCUGAAGGCGGGCUGUGCAUUUUCGCCUAUUCCCCAGGAUGCGCCGGAGCAACGGGUCCGGGAAAUCCUUGAGGACAUCAACUCCCCCGUCAUACUUGGCAAUGUUUCCGAGCCCGCCGCUGGUCCAUGGCGCCCGAUCGAUAGCCAAGAUGCAGCCACCGGCCAUGUUUGGAUUGAUGUGGCGGCAGUCUCCAGGUGGAAGGAGAUGCGCGGCGAUGCUGUCUUGGUGGAAACGAUCGAACCUCCCGAACCACUGGAUAUACAUGAAGACCAAGUUGCCUAUCUGCUAUUUACGAGUGGCUCCACCGGAAAGCCCAAGGGUGUCCAAAUCCAUCAUCUUGCUGCCACCUGUUCCAUCGAGUCUCAUGCGACUGCAAUUCCCCUGCCAGGGGAUUCGAUUGGUGAUUUCCGCUGGUUCCAAUUUGCAUCCCCCACAUUCGAUCCGUCCCUCAUGGAGAUCUUCGUCACUUUGAGUAGCGGUGCUACUCUUUGUUCCGCGUAUCGACACCUGACUCUGACGGAUUUGGAAGCCACGGUCAACGAAGCAAAGGCGACGGUGAUGAUGGCGACUCCGAGUUUGGCCGCUCUGCUGCGGCCGUCUCACCUGACUACUCUCCAGUCCCUGUGGACGAUGGGUGAGAAACUUAAUCGAACGGUCAUUGAAAACUUCUCUCCAAAAUCAGAAGCCAGCGCCCCUGGUUCCGCUCCAGAACCAGCCAGGAUGUUGGUGAACGCCUAUGGCCCGACCGAAGGUGCCAUUAACUGUACUUUCCUGGCGCCUUUUGAAUAUUCCACGCGUGGUUCCAUCAUCGGCGAAGCUUUGCCCACGUGUGCAAUGUUGGUCCUCGACCCUAACAGCCACCUGCCUAAAGCAGUUCCUGCCGGUCUCGCUGGUGAAUUGGCGAUCGCUGGCCCCCAGGUUGGCAAAGGCUACCUUAACCGUCCCAAAGAGACGGCCAAGUCCUUCGUUUACAGUCCAGAAUUCGGACCUGUUUACCGCACGGGCGACAUGGCGCGCAUCGUUUGGGAUGAAUCCGGCUCUCAAGUCAUUGAAUUCCUUGGUCGCAUAACGUCCGACCAGGUGAAGAUCAGUGGUCGCCGUGUCGAGCUUGGUGAAAUUGAAUCAGUCCUUGCGACCGUUGGUGCUAUCACAGAGGCCGUUGCGAUCGUUUCUAAGCGCGAGAAUGACGUCCAGGGGAGCGAACAAAUUAUCGCGUGUCUCGUGGCCAACGGAUUAAGCGAGACGCAAAAACAAGAGCUGAUCCACCAAGCGCAUCAAACCACCCAUCAGCACCUUUCGUCGUACAUGUGCCCAUCCGUGUACACAUUUGUCGACGCUUUGCCCCGAUCUAGCUCUGGAAAGGUAGAUCGCAAAGCUAUUGCGGACCAAUCACAGGACCCGGAGGCAUAUGGCGUGAAAAUUUACCCCACAUCAAAAUCCGCACUCUCCAAUGGUGCGCAGUCCGAAUGGGAAACGCCAGAAGACGAGGAAACGAAUUCGGCGCAGCAGCUUGUGAUUCGCCUGAUCGCCGACACGGUCGAGGAGGACGUAACUGCGAUUAGGCCCGAAUCGGACCUCUAUUCGCUCGGUCUUGAUAGUCUUGGCGCCAUGCGGUUCCUGCAGAAUCUGAGAGACAAUGCCAUUGAAAGCUUGUCUGUAGGUGACGUUUUGCAAGCUGGGACUCCCAAGGGCCUGGUUGCCACUAUCCAUAAGCAAAACCAAAUGAAUGGGAGCGUGGCUUCUGGCGAGGCGGCCCGUCUGCAGACCUUGCAGGAGAGCCUUGCCUGUUUUAGCGACAGGAACCGUUUGACAUGCGCGGAGCGGCUUGGUGUAACGCCGGAGAAUAUCCAGAAUGUCUUGCCGACGACAGCCACGCAGUCAGGUAUGUUGACUAGCUUCCUGCGCAGCUCGGCCAAUAGCGCAUUCACCACCCGAUCGUACAUAUACCAUUCCGUCUUUCCCCUUGAAUCUGGUGUCGAUGUCGGGCGCCUUCAGCAGGCCUGGGACACUGUCGUCGCAAGCUAUGACUCUUUCCGAACGGUCUUCUCCUGGAUUGAUGAUGACUUGGCCCCGUUUGCGCAGUGCAUCUUAGUUCCGGGCGCAAACUCUAAGCCAAACUGGGAUGUAUACACCGCAGAGCAUUCUGAGGAAGAAUCUCUGCGAGAGGCCUGUCGGAGUGCUGAGGAAACUAUCCGUUUAACAGCGCCCCCAUGGAAACUGUCUCUGGUCACAUCUCCCGAAAGGUCUGCAAUUGUAUUGAGCAUGUUCCACGGUAUCUUUGACGGAGGCUCACUGCAACUCCUCCUUGAAGAUGUCUCAUCGGUCUAUGAUGGGCGGCCGUUGGGAAAGCGAACCUCGCUGGAAUACACAGUCAAGCACCAUUUCGGGGCCGAUCAUGAAGCCACAGCGGAGUUCUGGAAGAGUCAAUUAGAAGGCCAUAUACCUGUCGCUUUUCCUACCGUCACACCAAACCGUCCCCCUUCCCUCAAAACGAGCGAUCGCGUGGAAACAACAGCCCGCAUCAGCUAUGACAGCUUGAAGAAACAGUCAAAGAGCAUCGGCUCGACCCCGCUUGCCGUACUCCAAGCAGCUUGGGCAUCGGUCUUGCUGGCCUACAGUGGAACCCCUGACCAAGACGUGGUUUUGGGUAGUGUUGUUUCCGGUCGACUUGACGCUGAGUCGGAAGUCUGUAUUGGCCCGACCUUCAACAUCAUCCCCGUUCGACUUGCUCUCAAUCAGGUUGCGAAAGACGCCCCAGGAUCGUGGACCAACAGGUCCGUCGCUCGCCACUUGACGUCUCUGAAUGCCAAAACCAUCUCUCACUUGCAGCCCCGUCUCGGGGCAGUCGCAACUGCAGAUGGUCGACUCCCAUAUGACACACUCCUGAUCUAUCAAGACUUCAACGCCGGCUCUAGGGCUAGCGGACUCUGGAGCUCAAUUGACCACCCACCCAUGGCGAACGAGUUCGCAGUCAUGAUUGAAGUAUGGCCCGAAGCUGACUCGUCCCUGACUCUCCGGGCCACUUUCAACGAUACCCAUCUUGAUCACCACGCUGCGGAGAUCAUGCUCAAGCAGAUGUCCGAUAUUGUUGAUUACUUCCUCGAGCAACCAGAAGCGAACUUCCAUGAUGCUUCUUCGCAGACGCAAAUCGAGCUUAAGUCCUCCUUCAACCCCAAUGCAGCCGUCGCUUCCGAAGCGCUGGAGGGCGCGUUGCUACACACCUGGUUUGAAGACCAUGCUGAGACCCAUCCUGACGACACUGCGCUGCUUUUCAAGGGCAAUUUGGACGAUGAAAAUGACCCCAGUAACAUCUCGUGGACCUACGGACAGCUCAAUGCCAUGUCCGAUGACCUCGCAGAGCAUCUUCUGCAAAUUUCCGGUCCUCUGAUCAACAGCCCGCUUCCGAUCUGCAUCGACAAGAGUCCGGUCAUGUACGUUGCCAUCCUUGGUAUCCUCAAAGCUGGUGGUGCCUGGUGUCCAAUCGACACAUUCUCCCCGUCGCAACGCCGCCACGACCUUAUUGUCCGAACGGAAUCGAAAUUCCUGCUCGUAUCAAGCCAAGAUAGCCCCCAACCAGAAGAUGCCGUCCCGACUGGCGUGGAGAUGGUGGAUGUCAGUCGGUUCUGUGAUGAGAACGCCGCAAAGAACUCUCAGAAGCGAAGCAGUACCAAACACCGGAGCAACCCAGAUUCUAUGGCAUACUUGAUCUGGACCAGUGGUACCACCGGUGCUCCGAAGGGUGUGCCAAUUACGCACGCUGCUGGUGUUUCGUGCAUGAAAUCUCUCCACAAGGACAUUCCUACGGACGUCCAAGAAGGUGCUGUGAGGUGUAUGCAGUUCUCACAAUACACCUUUGAUGUAUCGAUCCAGGAUUUCUUCUACACCUGGGGAAUCGGUGGUGUUCUGAUCUCUGCUUCGAGGGAAAUCAUGCUCGGUUCGUACGCCAAACUGGCCAAUGUGACCAAGGCAACCCACGCACAUCUUACGCCAGCAUUUGCCGCCAACGUUCCGAGAAAGGCCUGUGAGACGCUCAAGGUGAUUACCAUGAUUGGUGAAAAGCUGACCCAGCCUGUGGCUGAUGAUUGGGGUACUGAUAUGCGAGCUUUCAACACCUACGGCCCAGCCGAGGUUACCAUCGUUUCAACCAUCAGGGAGUUCGGCAAUGAGCACAAGGCUAUCAAGAGUGCAAAUAUCGGAUGGCCCAUGGACACCGUCUCCGUGUUCGUGACUAAGAACCAGCGCAUGGUGAUGAAGAACGCCGUGGGCGAAUUGGCGCUGGGUGGUCCGCAAAUCUCCCCGGGCUACCUCAAGCAGGAGGACGUCACCAAGGCAAAAUAUGUUUGGAACGAUGAGGCAUCGCAGGUUGUGUAUUACACGGGAGAUCUGGUGAGGAUGCUCAGUGAUGGUUCGCUGGAAUAUAUCAAUCGCGUUGAUGAUCAGAUCAAGAUCGGGGGUAUCCGCGUCGAGCUCAGUGAGAUCACAUUCGCCCUCAACGACUGCCACCCUCUUGUCGAAAACAUCGAGACUAUGGUUCUGAAUCGUCCUGACAGACCUGUCCAAGUCGUCGUCGCGUUCUUGUCUGCUCCUGGCGCUGUUACAGCUGAAGACGAUGAAGAGGAGCUGUCGCUGGUCAACGAUACCGCCCUUAAAAUUGCCAGGGCCACCAGGGACAAGGCACUGGAUUCGCUGCCGAGCCACAUGAUACCCUCCGUGUAUAUCGUGGUAAAGAACAUCCCAAGAACGCAAUCCGCCAAGACCGACCGUCGAGCCCUCCAGCAGGCAUACACUACCAUCGAUAUCGAAACGUGGGAUAGCCGGCUCAAUCCGGAAAACCUUGCUGCUGAAGAGUCAUUUGAUGUUGAUGCCGCCGACGCUGCUACUGCUUACAAGAUUGUGGACAUCGUCGCGACUCUCACUAACAUCGAACCGUCGGUUAUCGCUCCCUCCACUAGGCUCCGCAGUCUUGGUCUCGACUCCCUCCGUGCGAUUCGACUUACCGGAAAGCUGAAGGACAAUGGGUUCCCGCUAUCUGUUGUUGAAGUCCUCAACUGCGUUACCGUCCAGGACUUGGUGAAGCUUGCUGCUUGCUCUUCUGGCGCUGAAGACGCCACAGUCACUAAGUUCGACCUGAAUGAGUUCAACAUCUCCUGGCAUGGAGUGGCGUCAGAGAAGGUGCACGAUGAGUUUACCACCGUCCGAGCAACAACUCUCCAGGAAAGUUUGAUUAGUGAGACAAUGGGGACAUACGACAUGUACUGGAGCAACCAGUUCUUUUCUCUGGAUCAGUCGGUGGAUCUCUCUCGACUAAGACAGGCCUGGAUCGCUGCUUGUCAGAAUACGGAGGCAUUGAGAACUGGUUUCAUUCCCGUGGCUGAGCUCGACAGUCGCAAGGCCCAAGAUGACUUGGACUUUGCCAUCCUACAGCUCAUCUACAAGUUGCCGAACCUGGACUGGGAAGAGCACACAUGUACCGGGCAAGAUUGGACAGCUGUCCGUGAUCAGAGAAUCAAGGAGAUCAUGACCAAGCACCAGAACAACUACUUCCGCAACCCACCGUGGGGAGUUACCGUGUUCGACAAGGGGGAUGAAAGACUCAUGGUCUUGACUCUCCAUCAUGCUAUUCACGACGAGCCUUCACUCCGAUUUAUCAUGGAGAACGUACAAGCAGCUUAUACCUCCAAGCCGCCUGCAAGACGUCAACUCAGCGAUGCCCUCUCUAUCCUUCUCCCGACAGAGACUCAAAGCCGGGAUACCCGGGCGUUCUGGAAAGCUGAGCUGGAGAAGUUCUCGGGUCUCGAUGUCCCUGUGUGGCCUGACCUUACCGGGAAAAGGGUGCAGCCCGAUGCCGUGCAGGAAUACAAGCUUAUGGUAGAGGAGAUCCCGCUCUCAGUCUCUUCUUCGAGACUCCAAUCUGUUGCAGCGUCGCUGGGAGUAUCUUCCGUGGCGUCGAUUAUUAAGGCCGCGUGGGCCUACGUUUCUUUAAGCUACCUGGGUCUUCCAGCGACAGUGUUUGCUGAAACCCUUUCCGAUCGUGUCUUGCACUCGGACCUUGAAGACGGCGUCGGGCCUUUGAUUUCGGUGGUCCCGGUUCCGUUCCAUCCAGAGGGAAGUGUGCAGGAAGUUCUCGCGGAGCAGCAGCGAUUGUCGAGUCAGACAUGGAAACAUCGACAUAUUCAUGCUCGAGAUGUUAGAAAGACGCUCCAGCGUCCACGUGGGGAGCCCCUGUACCCGGCCGUCUUCAACUUUCAAGUCAUCAGCGAGCAGACCCAGCAGUCAAGCCAACCUACCAUGUGGCGUGAAAUAGAGGAUCUGAUCGGCCUGCAUGUCGAACAUCCUAUGGCUUUGAACGUCUUUCAGCACACAAAUGAUGCCAUUGUGGUUGAAGCAUGGUCAGAUAGCCGCAUCAUGAGUCGUGACCAGCUGGCUGUCUUCGUGCGCCAGGUUGACAGCCUUGUCAGCUCGAUGUUGCAGCAUCCCGAGAAGCCUCUCAACGAGCUCGUCAACUAUGUUCCCCAGUCGCUGCGUUCUCUCUCUAGCCGUCCCGUCAGCGAUGAGGUCAAAAAUUCUGUUCACUCGUCUCCGACUCACUGGCUGGAGCACUAUGCCAAGGAGCAGCCAGAAUGGGUCGCUUUGGAGGUCGCGAGUAGGAUCAGCCCCGAGGGUAUUGAAAAGGAGACAAUGACUUAUAGAGAGUUGAACGAGCAAGCGAAUCGUGUCGCCGCCUUCAUUGCUUCGCAAGGACAUCGCAACAGGACAAUUGCUAUCUGUUCUGGGAGGAAUGUUCCGUCGUACCAUGUGAUCGUCGGUAUAUUCAAGUCUGGCAACUGCUAUCUUCCGAUCGACGAAAAUCUGCCCGCCGAUCGGAAAGCUUUCUUAGUCGAAGACGGAGACUGUCCUAUGCUGUUCACUGAAAACCCAUUCAUGGAUUCGUUCAAUGGCACUCCUGAAAGCUGUCGUACCAUCCUCAUUGACGGUCCGGAGUUCCCUCAGCUGUUGGAAACCAUGUCGCCCGAAACCCAAGAUUACCAGUCGCAUCCUGAUGACAACUCAUAUCUCCUAUUCACGUCCGGAUCGACUGGUAAACCCAAGGGUGUUAUGGUUACCCGAGGAAACCUCUCGUCUUUCAUUGAGUCCUUCUCUGAGUUCUGCUGCCGAGUUGCCCCAGCCACGCUGAAACUGGGCGGUACCGGCAAAUAUCUCGCCCAAGCCAACAGAGCAUUCGAUCCCCAUCUUCUGGAGAUGCUGUUCCCGUGGCGUCAUGGAAUGGCGACCGCUACUGCGCCCCGGCCAAUGAUCCUCGACGAUUUGCAAACAACGCUCUCCAAAUGGGAAAUCACGCAUGCAAGCUUUGUGCCGUCGCUCGUGGACCAAGCUAGCCUCUCCCCUGAAAACUGUCCGAAGUUGAAGUUCAUGACUGUUGGUGGUGAAAAGAUCUCCAAGCGGGUCUUGGAUACGUGGGCUGUCAAUCCGUACACUUCGCUUGUGAAUGCAUACGGCCCAACUGAGGUGACUAUCGGUUGCACAUUCGCGCACGUUGGAAAGGACACCAAUUUGCGAAACAUUGGACCGCCGUUGCCCGCUUGUGUCUGUCAUGUUCUCAUCCCUGGUACACUUGACUACGCUCUCAGGGGCCAGACCGGAGAACUGUGUUUCUCUGGUGAUAUCGUUGCCAAGGGGUAUCUCAACAGACCUGAUGCAGGUGGCUUCACUCCAGGGCCCAAUGGUGAGAAAAUGUAUCGGACAGGUGAUAUUGGACGUUUGAUGGUGGACGACUCUGUUGAAUAUCUUGGCCGCGGCGAUGAUCAGACCAAGAUCCGUGGUCAGAGAUUGGAACUCGGUGAGGUCUCUGAGGUCCUUCGUUCCGCGUCGUCUAUCGGUGUGGACGUCGUAACGACAGUCGCGAAGCACCCCGGUCUUGCGCGAGUGCAGCUUAUCUCAUUCAUCGCGCGAAGUGGCACUCGUCAACGCGAAAAGGGCGAAAAGGUGGCCAUUGUUCAAUCGGACUUUGCAACUCUGGGCAAAGAUCUUCAGACCAUUUGCCAGAAGAAGCUUCCGGGGUACAUGGUCCCAGAGAUCGUUCUGCCCAUCACGUAUAUUCCAUUGGCUCCUCUGUCAGGGAAGGCCAAUGUCAAAGAUCUCCAUGCCCUAUUCGCGGAGCUUCCUCUCCAGACUGUCCUUCUUGGAAACAGCUCGUCUAAUACUGGCGACGAUGCUCUUAGUCGCCCUCUGACUUCCGAUGAAAGCGCCGUGGUCCAGGAGAUUUGCAAGGUGGUUUCGACCGACGCGUCUGCUUACAGCCCAAUGACGAAUAUUUUCGAGAUGGGCGUGGACAGUCUCAGCGCUAUCGGCCUUUCUAUUAAGCUGAGGAGGAUUGGCUAUGCCGCUACUGUUGCUCUCGUCAUGAGCAACCCCAUUGUUGAGCAACUGGCACGUCUUCCCCGGAGCUCGUCUUCCACUACCGACACGGCUUCAUCGAAACUGCGGCAGAUCGUACAGGAAAUGGAUUCUCAAUACUGGGAAAAUGCCCCGGCUGGCGUCGAUCUAUCCGCUGUUUCCUCCGUCCGCCCUUGCCUGCCGCUUCAGGAGGGCUUGGUUGCUCGGUCCAUGAACAACGAUGGCGACAACCUAUACGUCAACCAUGUCGUUUUGAAGCUUGGAGAACACGUUGAUGCAAAGCAAUUGAAGUCUGCCUGGCAAACAGUCGCUAUGGACAAUGAAAUCAUGAGAACCGCAUUUGCUCCUCUCGACAAGCAAAUGGCCCAGGUCGUCUUCUCUGCAGACUCGCACCAGAUCCGCUGGACGGAGGAGACUUACCACAGCCUGGAAGAGGCACUUGAAAAAACAAAUAAUCAGCAGGCGAACGUCUCGCGCGAUAUCCUCUCUUCCAUUACCCAGACGCCUCCAGUCCGGUUCCAAUUGGCAAGAUCUUCGGAAACCGAACAACCUCUGGCUCUCUUCAUCUCUAUCCACCACGCCCUCUACGACGGUGAAUCGUUCUCGAUGCUGAUGGAAGAUGUAGCGGCGCGGUACGCACAGGAAUCGGCCCCUGAGAGAGGCUCGCCGUCGGCCUUCAUCGAAUACGUCCAUUCCCAAGAUCAAUCAAAGGCACAGCAACAUUGGGUGCAGCACCUUGCCGAUUGCCGCCCAACAACUUUCCGGGACGAUUUCAACAUCAUGGAACUUCCCAAGACUGCUACUAAGCUUCUUAGCACCAAACUCUCUGGACUAGAACGUCGUUCGGCAAGCCUCCACACAACAGUGCCGAAUUUGAUGCAAGCAGUCUUUGCCCUUUUACUCGCCGAUACGGUUGGUGUUUCUGAUGUGACCUACGGAUUAGUCCUCUCUGGCCGAGCUGUUUCGGUUCCUGGAGCUGAGUCCGUACUUCUCCCGUGUAUCACCACUAUCCCUGGACGACUGAACACCAGCGAUCUUGACACUGUAAAUGAAAUCGUUGGAGCUGUUCAAAAGUCGACCGUCAAAUCCCUCGAUUUCCAGCAUACUUCACUGAGACAUAUUCAGCGCUGGUUGAGAUCUGAGACACCUCUAUUUGACUGUCUGUUCUCUUACAUUCGCUCCACUGCGCCUCCUAACCAUAAACUGUGGAGUGAACUGGACAGCCACAUGCCGGCUGAGUAUCCACUAGCGGUUGAGGUUGAAGCCAACCACGACAAGGACAUCGUUUCUCUCAACUGUCUCUUCUCUUCUGCUUUCGGCGCUGUGCAUGACGGGGAGGAAUUCAUCGAGAAGAUGGAUACUGUUCUAUCGAGCGUCGUGUCUGGGGAAAGUCUCUCGUUGGAUAGCUUCAAUCUCUCCCAAUCAAAAGCGUCUGCUUCUCGGUCUUCCGCAAUCAAGUGGGACGAGACGACCUGGUCCGACACAGAAGAAAAGAUCCGUGAUUUAACCGCAGAUUUCUGCGGCUUGGCUGCGAAGGAUGUGUCCAAGGGAGCUUCAUUCUUGAGCCUGGGUGUCGAUUCCGUGACCGCCAUUCAGUUUGCGCGCAGGCUGCGCGAAGCAGGUCUUGAGGCAUCAUCAUCUGAUGUCAUGCGCUUUUCGUGUGUCGGCGCACUUGCCAAGCAUAUUGAUGAAGCUCCUAUACAGAAGCCUCAAACCAAUGGCGUCGUGGAGUCCAGUGUGACCAACAUCCCGGUUGAUGUUUAUCAGAAGCAUGUGCGUCUUCUCAGUGGCAACGAUUCUGUCGUCGCCAUGUUCGAAAGCACCCCGCUUCAAUCAGGCAUGAUCACACAGACCAUUGCCUCUGCCGGUCAAGUCUAUGUCUAUCCUCAUCCGAUCAGACUUGCUGCAUCCACCGACCCCGGCAAGCUCAAAGCUGCCCUUCUCCAAGUGAUCGAGGCAAAUGACAUAUUGCGUACCUCUUUCCACUUGAUCGAGGAACUUGGUACAUCCUGGAUCGGUGCUGUUCACUCAAACCCACCUUUCGAGUGGAAGGAGAUCGAACUUCCCUCUAGUGUCGAUGUCCUCAAGGAGGUCUCCUCCCUUUACUCGUUUGGCGAGGAGUCGUCCUUCCAGGUUCCCCCUAUUCGAUCAACUUUGGUCAGCCAGCCAGAAGGAAGACUUCUCGUUGUUACUUUGCACCACGCCCUGUACGACGGUGCCUCUAUUCCGUUCUUCUUCGAGGAUCUUGCCAACUUGUAUAACGGCGAAACUCCAGUGGACAGACCCCCCUUCUCCCAGACUGUGCAGCACGUUCUCAGCGGACAAGAAGAAUCCUGCGAGUUUUGGGUCAACAAGCUCCGCGGAUACGAAGUCGUGGAGAUGCCGGAACUUCCCGCUACUGAGGCGUCAGACAAGAUGCUACUCUCGGAGUAUCGUGUUGACCUCGACUUGGCGUCAAUUGUCGAGACCUGCAAGAAAAUGGAAGUCACUGUUCAAAGCGUGUCUCUUUUGGCAUAUGCCAAGGUGCUUGGUCGUCUGAUUGGCAAGCGCGAUGUUGUGUUCGGACAGGUUUUGGCUGGUCGCUCGUUGCCGACACCUGAGGCUGAACGCACUCUUGGUCCAUUGUUCAACACGGUCGCUCACAGGGUCACUUUUGAGCCCAAGUUCCUGAGCAACAAGGCAAUGGCCCGCAGCCUGCAGGAGAUGACGAAUGAUGCCCAAAUCUACCAACACGCUCCUCUGCGCACUGUUCAAAACUCUCUGCGACAGAGCGGCGAUCUCAAAUCUGCGUCGCUGUUCGAUACUCUGUUCGUUUUCCAGAAGAGUGCCGAUUUUGCUGGCAGCAUCCUCGAGGAGCAGAAGAUCUGGACGCCGUAUGAGUCGGAAGAUUACGCCGCCCAGGCUGAGUACAAGCUCAACGUUGAAGUUGACCAUGCUCGCGAUGGUAUCGUUGUUCGAGCCACGUGCAACGGCCUGUACCUGUCGCAGGAUGCACUCAAUGAAUUCAUGGGCGAAUUUGGCGCCGUUUUCAGGGACAUCGUUGACACCCCCGCGAGGUGUGCUACGACAUUCCCUGAGCAACUUAGGGAGCUGCCUCUUAGAUUGUCACAAGGACAACCCCAGGACCAGGAGCUUGAUACAUCUGAUGCACCAGCUCAGGAGUCUGUUGUCCACGCUGUCCUUGCGGAUGUGUCUGGUCUUCCCCUUGACAAGAUCAAACCGAAUACUAGCAUCUUUAGCAUUGGGUUGGACUCUUUGUCGGCAAUUCGCAUUGCCUCUAUAUGCCGAUCCAAGGGUCUGAAAGCGAGUGUGGCGGACAUUCUCCAAGGAAACACUUUGCGCGGCAUUAGCCAGCGUAUCAAACCCAUGCCUGCGCAGACUGUCACGCCCCAGGGGCCGCUUAUCGAAAAUUAUACCGAAGUUGAAGAGGCGGUUCUUGAGAAACUGAACAUCAAGAAAGAAGCGGUGGAUACGAUUUUGCCCUGUCUGGGUGGUCAAUUCUUCCAUCUGGUCGGCUGGUUGAAGUCUGGAAGGAGGCUACUCGAGCCUGCCUGGCCCUACUUCAGUAGUGAGCGUCUCGAUAGCGCGAAGCUCGAGGAUGCCUGGUUCAAACUUCGACAAAGGCACCCGGUGCUGCGGACAUGCUUCGCGGCUACUUCUCCGAAUGAUGCAGUUCAAAUCGUGAUGAAACGCACGGCACGCGGCACGUCGACCUUCAAGGUGAUCCAGUCCUCUUCUUCCAUUGCAGAAGCCGCCAAGGCACAGGCGAAGGAAGAAGCUGCACGUCCAUCUUCCCUGUAUGUCCCUCCUGUUCGUCUGUGCCUGUUGAAAGCAAGCGAUCGGGAUGGAAUCCUCAUUAUCGUCAAUCACGCGGCCUACGAUGCCUGGACAAUGCCUAUGUUCGUUUCAGAGCUUGUCAAGAUUUACCGCGAUGAGCCUUUGGAAGCCACUCCGGAUUUCCGCUCCUUCGUGGACUACUCUGUGCGCUCCCUGCGCGAUCUCGACGAGAAGGCAUACUGGUCUUCUGUUGUCGACUCAGGUGUACCCACUGUGAUCAAGAAGUCUCAGCCUACCAACGACGACGACCAGUCAUCUCUCCUCUGUAGCGCCUGGGAUACACUCAAGAGAUUUUGGUAUCCUGCUCCCACCGAACAUACCAACAAGUCUGAUCAGCUCUUCGUUGGAGCUUGGGAGAAGGUCAAGAACCUGUCUCAAAUGGAGAGCGCGUGUCGGGCUGCAGGCCUGAGCCUCCAGACCGUGGUCCUCCUCGCUGUUGCUCGCUCUCUUGCCCGAAUGACCGGGGUCGAGAGCCCUAUCAUGGGUCUAUACCAGACCGGUCGAUCGGCUUCAUUCGCGGACAUCGAGAAACUCUCCGGACCGUGUCUGAACGUGAAUCCACUGGUGAUCCCCAACGCCAUCUCUGACCACAACGGCUCAGACCCCAGUCUGCUAGAGAAAGCACAAGCCGUGCAAUCUUCUCUCGCCGAGCGCGUCUCCUUCGAACAGAGCUCCAUCAUGGACGUCCUCCGCUGGAACUCCACCAAGAACAACGGAGGCCCGCUCUUCAACGCCUGGGUCAACCUCCUCUGGAUGCAAAACGGCGUCCCGUCCUCCGCCGACACCAACCCUGGCGCAGAUACAGAAAAGGCCAACCAAGGAGACCUCUUCCUCCCCCUCCGCAUCGGCGUGCCCACGGACUUUAUCCCCGCGCAGCCGCUGCCAGGCGUGGAGUCCACUUCCGUGUCGGCGCUCGACACCUCCCUUCUGCCUGAUGAGAACGUGUUCAUUGAUAUCGGCCCUGACCCCAAGACUGACACCAUUGGUUUUGGUAUUCGUGUCGAAGGUGGCGUCCUGGAUGAGAGUGAAGUCAAUCAGAUGGUGUCUGAUGUUGGAAUUGAGAUUGAACGCAUUGUGGAUUCUUUGCGCUGAGCGUGAGUCUCUAUGUGAUAUGAGAAGUUUGAGAAGCAAAACAAAAAAAUAAAAAAUAAAAAGGGGGAAGAAAAAAGGAAGAAGGAUAGAAAACUGCACAUAUGUUUAAAGAUUGCUUUUCUGUUGUAUUUAGAUUGUUUGCAUUUUUGUAUAUAUCUUGUUUGUUUCAAUAUGGAGUACAUAAAUUUCUGUUAUGUUGCAC